GAUUGCCUGUUGUGAGCGUGACGGUCGUGUUUUUUGCAGAAAAUGGUAAGUUAUAGAUAAUAUUAAGAUGUAUUACUGAAGGUAAAUAAAUAAUUGCUACCUAUCUUUAGCAAUUUUAUUAUUUUAAAAUACCUAUAAACAAUACGUAUAUUGUUGCAUUUUUAAACGGACAAUUCUAAAGAAAACAAUAUUAAUUUAUUCAAGAAACUGCUUCCUAAAUAAUAUAGUUUAAAAAGAUGCUUGCAAGUUGUUAGCGUUGUCAAUAUUUUGGAUUAUUGAAUUUAAUUAUAUAUUGAUAUAGAUGAUUUGACAAUGAAAACAACUAAAUCAGGGCUUUCCAAUCUAGAUAGGUACAUUUACGGGCUAAUUAAAUUAAUAGGGCCUGGAAAGCUUAAAUAACAGGUAUAAUAGGUUAAACUAUAGUUUAUUAACAUUCAGUGUACACUGGGCAGUGUCAUUAGGUAUGCACUAGAGUCUAGAGUCUAAUGUAUAAUGUCACUAACUCAAUAAUGUUUAUGCUGGUUCUACUAGAUUUCUCUCGACAGUUGGGAACGGCGACCCCGAAUGAUAGCGAUGAUACUAAAUCGAUGUUUCUAAAAUAAUAGAUAAUUUUAAUGCCAAAAGAAUACGCCGUUAUUUGUGAUACUGGCCAUUUGAUUAGGCCAAGAUGCUAAAAUUAUUUUCAAAGGUCAUUAGUUAUUAAUGAUCUUUAAAAUUAUGAUAGUAGGUAAUAAAGCCAAUAAAAUUCAUUUAAAUGAAAGAAGAAUAUUGUCUAUAAUAUCUUAUAAACCAUAUAAUAUAAAAUAUAAACUAUAUAAUAUCUUGAAAACCAAUAAAUAAUCAUAUAUAAUAAGAUGUAAUACCUACGUAAAUAAAUUGCUUGGUACAUAUUUGAUUUUAAUUUAACAUUUUUAAAAUAUCGAAUAUGUAAUCGAUAUUGCAAUCUCUUAUCUGCACUCCUAUUGCUCUCUGUUGCUGUUAUAUUUUACAAUAAGGAAGUGGUAAUAUAUCGAUGUAAGGAAGUUUCCAUUUUUUCAGUUUUCUUUUUUAAAUAUCACACUAAGACUGCAAUAAAUCCUAGUUUUUUUUUUCAAUUAUCUUCAUAAAUGACGGAGUUCGGAUGCUUUUCCCUUCCAUUUUGAAAUCGUAUGACGCGCGACCGGUCGGCCUAGCGCUGACGUCACAAGUCUCGCCCGUCUCGGGACGACGCUUGACUGACUAUGCGACUGUUCGCCGCAGUGUGCUAAUGUGCUUUUAGUACUUGUUAGCGCAACACAAUAUCAGGUAUUAUCAUGGAAACUAAAACUAAAAUACAUUAUAAAUACUGCAUCGUGCCUUUGUGUACGAACACGACUGUAACUGCUCCUGAUAAGCAUUUUUUUACGGUACCAAAACAGAAAAAAAUAAGAGAUAAGUGGUGCAAAAUUAUGAAUAGAAAGGAAUUUUUAUCAGAAAAAUCAGUACGGUAUUGCUGUGAAGACCAUUUUGAUGUCGACAACGACACUCAAAACUUUAUGAGACAUCGAAUUGCUGGUGGCAGACUACUUCUGAAAAAAGACGUUAUACCUCAUAAGUUUGCUUGCCAAAAAACCAAGGUAGUUACUCAAGAACGGUCUGCAGUUGCGAAGCGUCGUCGAGCAGAGUAUUAUGAAAAAGUACUUUCAAAGGAAGUUCCAGCCUCUGUUGCCCAAAAACCCAUAGAAUUUAUUGAAUGUGUUCAAAGUGAUGAAGUAAUUAAAGAUCCUGACAGUCCUAUUUUUGUGCCAAUGGACUGUUUUGAUGUGGAUGUGGAAGCCAGUGUGAAAAUAAAAACAAAAAAGAAGGGCACACAAGUACAUAUAAUGGGCAAAAAAAAAAUAAAGGAUGUCAAACAAAAUUCAGGCAGAAAAAUAUUAAAUCUUCAGGCAAUGAAAUACUCCAAGGCAACGACAUUAAUUGACUUUGAAACACGUGGUUUGAUGCCCCCGGUCUUCACGCCGCUGAACGAUGAUCUCACAAUCAACUAUGCGGCUAUACCUGGAUAUGCCAAAUACAUGGCGGAAGCUGGCUUCAAAUGUGUACUCGUUGGUGGUACGACAGGCGAGCAUAUGUCUCUAAACGUAGCGGACAGGAAGAAAGUUAUCGAAGAAUGGGUGAAAGCGGGAAGGAGCACUGGUCUUCACAUACAGGUACAAGUCGGUGGUGCACCACUCCCCGACGUGCAGGAAUUGGCGGCGUUCUGUCAAAAAAAUGGCGUUGGUUCGAUUCUAACGCUACCGGAACUAUACUUCAAACCGAGCAAUGUCGAUGAACUGGUGUCUUACGUUGCCCUGGUAGCCGGCGCGGCACCGAAAUUGCCUGUGCUAUAUUACCACAUUCCCAGCAUGACUCGGGUUGAGAUUAACAUGCCUGCCUUCGUCACGGAGGCCUCAAAGAAAAUACCCAAUUUCGCAGGCAUCAAGUUCACUUCGAACGAUUUGAGCGAAGCGUCUCAAGUGCUUCGUGCCAUGUCCGAGAAGAAGGCACUAUUCCUUGGAGCGGACACGCUUUUAGCACCGGCGGCCCUGCUCGGCAUAAAAUCGAGCAUCGGGACGUCUUUCAAUCUCUUCCCGAAAAUAGCUCACGCUAUCCUGAGCGCUGUUCAGAAUAAGGACGUGGAGACGGCGAGAGCCCUCCAGCACAAGCUGUGUCUGGCGAUCGAAUCAUUGACCAAGGAAGGUCCGUGGGUGCCCGUUAUGAAGGCCGGAAUGGAAAUCGUGACCGGAAUCAGAGUUGGGCCGCCUUCGCUGCCUCAAAAGCCGCUUAGUUCGGAAGCCAUAGAGCGGAUUCGUGGCAGGCUCAGGGUGCUGGAUGUAGCCUAGAUUUUCGGGUUCCGGAAUAGCUAAAAAUCGGGACUGAAAUAACGAGACAGCAUAUCGACGCUUGAAAGGCCAACGUGACUAAGCGACAAUGCGUGAACUUUACAGUAGACUAAUUUAAAGUUGACAUACCUGAAAAAAAUUUUAUUUUGUCGAAUCUAGCUGUAGGAUUGAAAUGAUUUUAAUAGACCUAGAAAUAUAUAUAUUUUUGCGCAUCGAAUAUGGUUAUUGCCUAUCAUUUAUGUACAAAGCAGUUAUUGUCGCUUAGUCACGUUUGCCUUUCAAGCGUCGAUAUAAUAUAAUAUGUUUCUAUAUUUGAAAGAAAAAAAAAACGUUAAAACGAAUUUGGUUGCCGGUUUUAUUUUUUGUAGCAUUUAACGAAUACUGAACAAAUGUACAUCAAAAUAUAUAGAUAAUAAAGAUGAAAUUAAAUAUUUAUUUUAUUAAAAACAUUUCUUGUUA